AAAAUCACACACAAUCAGAGAAACAAAACUCUUAAUACUUAAAAAUUACACAAUAUUAAGACUUGUGAGUUAUGAACACUCUUCUGUACAAAAUUUCUUUGUUAGGAAGUCCAACCAAUCACUCUUCUUCGUUACUCUUUCGAUGAUUACCUCGACUUUCGUGCUAUAGAAUAGAGUGAUGGAAUAGAAUUAUAUGAAAUAAAAUAAGUUCUUAAAGGCUGAAAGCAGAAACAGAUCACGAGCGUUUAUUUUUGUCAUUGGCAAAUUACAAUACAUUAUUACAGUAGCGAUUUCUUUUUGAUUUUGUAUUGGUGGAUUUGAUGAUUGUCUCCAUAUAUAUAAAAUCCUUCUCUUUCCAAGCAUUAACUAUUGCAACUAUACGUUGGUGGGGACAAAAGUGAAAUCGAAGAAAUCUCUGUUUUUUUUUUUUUUUAAAUUCUUUGUUUCUGUUAGUUUACUGCUAGCUUCCUUGUUACUGAACAAAUCUAGGGCAUAAUCUAAUCUAGUUGUAUCUAUACUUUUAAAUAUUUGUUAUAUUCGUAUUUUAUAUUCAAAGAAGUUGGUUAUAAAUUGAUGACAUAAACUACGGAAAGAACACAACACAACACACAGUCAAGUCAAAUGGGGAAAAACUUGUGUCUGGUGGUUGUGUUUUUUUCUCUGGCAAUAGUCGGAUCGACAGGUGAAGAAGAAGUCAACACCGUUGCUUCUACGAACGUGGAAGAAAUUAAUAGCAAUGAAGUAGUGGUAAAUAGUAACGGAGGGGCUGGCGGUGGAGGCAGAGUUGGGUGGGGGUGGGGUGGAGGAGGAGGCGGCGGCAACAGUGGUGGAGGGUGGGGGUGGGGAGGAGGAGGUGGCGGUAGCACAUCGUGGCGGUGGGGUUGCAACAGCAAUCCAGAAGGGAAAAGAGGACAUAAUUUGCAGAGGAAGAGAGAAUUUGCAGUUGAGGACUUCAAGAAAGGGGAAUUUGCACAAUGUGUUGUCAAAGGAAGGUGUAAAGGCAUGAGAUUGGAUUGUCCAUUACAUUGUGGAGGGCCUUGUUUUUAUGAUUGCAGGCACAUGUGCAAAGCUCAUUGCAAACGUUAAUAAAAAAAAAGUUAAACAUUUUUCAUUGUAAUACUUUUUUUUGUUGUGUUUAAAGCUUUUUAUUUGUUGUCGGAAUUUUAUGUUUUGAUUUGUUUGUUUUGUUGUUUGGUAACCAUGAUUGAAUGAUUGUUGAGUUCGAUGUUUGAAGUGUAGUUGAAGUUUUAGUUAGUGAUGGGAUUAUAUAUAUUG